CGCACAGCCGCGAGGAGUCUUGGAUCUGCGAGGAAAAGGGGCUCGCCAUGGCUAACAGAGUGGCAGACCUGGUGUACUGGCGCGACACCCGCAAGUCGGCGUUCGUCUUCACCGCCUUGAUGGUGGCCCUGCUGUGCCUGCUCCACUUCAGCAUCAUCAGCGUGGCCUCCUACAUCUCCCUGGCGGCCCUCAGCAUCACCAUCUCUCUCAGGGUUUACAGCAAAAUACUACUCGCCAUCCACCGGGGAGAGGGACACAACCCUUUCCAGGCCCAGCUGGACGCCGACUUGGGGCUGUCGAAGGAGCAGCUGGAGCGCCUCACGGAGCGGGUCACCUUCUACGUCACGUCGGGCACAAAGUCCCUCCAGCGCCUCUUCCUGGUGGACGACUUGGUGGAGUCCAUUAAGUUUGCUUUCCUGUUCUACAUCCUCACCUACGUGGGAGCCGUCUUCAAUGGGCUGACUUUGCUUAUACUGGGUGUGAUAAGUGCAUUUACCUUCCCUCUGCUGUACAGGCAACAUCAGGCACAGAUUGACCAGUACGUGGGGCUGGUGAGGAAUCAGUUGAGUAACCUCAGAGCAAAGAUGCUGUCCAAGCUGCCGACAGCCAAAGCAAAAGCCGAAUGAAUGAGCCCCCCCCCACUUUCCUGCUCUGACCCUCUUACACACAGAUAUAUAUAUACA